AUGUUAGUUCCAUUUAAAGCGGCAGUUCAGCUUGGGGGUGUCAAGGGUGUUAUGAUGGCAUACAGUGAAUUCGACGAUGUCCCUUGCUCGCUUAAUCCAGUCUUAUAUGAUGCUCUGAACGAUUGGGGCUUCGAUGCUCAGUGGCAUAAUGCAGGUGGAAUGGUUCAAUUCUACGAUUUCUCACUUGAUCAAUAUGUUCGGGCUACCUUGGAACUAGUAUCCAACGGUACUCUUAGUCGCGAGACACUGGAAAAAUUAGCCAGUCGUAUACUCGGCGUCAAAUACGAUCUGGGCCUCUUCAAGAACCCUUUCAUUCCAGAAAGCAUUGAUUCGAAAGAAAUAACUGCAAGCCAUGUACCACUUACUCUGGAAUCUGCUCAGAAAAGUAUUGUUUUGCUCGAGAAUCGAAAUAAUACCCUGCCUCUUAACCUUGGCGAGCAGAACAUUCAAAAGAUUGCCUUGAUUGGUCCAUUCGGAGAUACAUUUAACUUUGGUGACUAUUCUGGGCAAUGGGGAGGGUAUCCGGUCAAGAAUGCUAGCACUAUAAGGCAGGGAAUAUCUCAGUAUCUUGCAUCCCACUUCCCCAGCACCAAGCUCGUCACUGCAUGGGGUGCCAACUCUUGGGAAUUCAAUGGACAAUAUAAUGUGCCACCCUAUCUGCUCUCUACCAACGGAACUAAUGGCGGUCUGCUUGCAACUUACUAUGCGGAUACCAAUUUUUCGGACCCGAGAUAUCAGAAAGUGGAAACUCCAAGUUUGGACUGGGGACUUUACCCACCAGAAAGGCUGCCAUCAAACAAUUUUAGCGUUUCUUGGGAAGGGAAGAUAUCUGUGCCUGUUGACAUAGUCACUGAUGGUUGGUUAGGUGUCGCAGUCUAUGCAAAUACCUCUGCCAGGCUGUAUAUUGACAGACAACUUCUUCUUGAGGUGAAACCCACCACAGGCGGAAAUAUUCUAUCGGACAUUCCGGGUACUGCUUAUACAACAGAGAACGCAACAACUGCGCCGCCUGGUUCUGUACCAUUCUUGUUUCAACCAGCAGCUGUUCAUGAUAUUAGGUUGGAAUACCAAGCAUGGAACUAUGUUCAGAAAGUGGAGAAUGUCAACUCCCUUAAUGCCCAGGUUUUGUUGUUUUGGAAUCUAGUUGAUCGCACAAAUUCUGUCCGAAAGUCGAAGGCCGUAAAAGUAGCAGAAGAUGCAGAUGUGGUGAUUCUCGCUGUUGGUGCAAACUGGAAUAGUGAUGGGGAGUCUGGAGAUCGGGCCACAUUGGAAUUGUCUCCCAAUCAGACAAUUCUGGCCGAUGCUAUCUUUGCACUUGACAAACCCGUCAUCCUCGUUUUACAAGGCGGACGCCCGUUUGCAAUCCCAGAGUAUUACAAGAAAUCCGCCGCCGUUUUGAAUACAUUUUUCCCUGGUCAGUCUGGUGGGCAGGCAAUUUCUGAUAUUUUGUUCGGAGUCGCCAACCCAGGUGGACGGGUUCCUAUUAGCGUUCCAUUUAACGUGGGUACAUUGCCGGCCUUUUACAAUUACAAACCGUCGUUCCCCAGAGACUAUACGGAUAUACCCUAUAAAUCACUUUACCCUUUCGGAUAUGGAUUGUCCUUCGCGAACUUUUCAAUCGCCAAUUUCCAGGCUUCGGCAAAUACGUCAGUAAAUGCCGAUAGUCAUAUCACGAAUUUGGGUCCUUUUGAUGGCAGCUAUGUCCCACAGGUCUACCUACUCGGCCGCGUAUCUUCCAUUACCCGACCAGAAAGGCAACUUGUGGCUUUCAGUCGGGUAUACCUUGCAGUCGGAGAAACACGUACUGUUCAUAUGGAGUUGGAUGUAUCCCGAUAUCUCGUAAUCCUAGACCGUGCUUACAAGUGGACUGUGGAAUUGGGGGAAUACAAUUUUGCACUAUUAGAAAAUGGGGGUAGCACGGCAGACUCUUCUAUGAAUGUUACCAUGACCUGUACCGGGUGA